AUUGUGAAGCAGAAAUGAAGCACAGUUGCAAUUUCAACAGCGAGAACGGUUUCUUGGAGGGAAUGACUCGAGGUUUUAAAAAUGGAAUUCUCAAGCAAUCGGAUUAUUUAACUCUUACGCAAUGUGAAACGUUGGAUGAUCUAAGUGUGAGUAUUCAAAACACUGAUUAUGGUAAUCUAUUGGCUGCAGAUCAAGGCACAAUAAAUGUGGAGACAUUUGAGUAUCGUCUGCGAGAGAAAAUUGUGGACCAAUAUAAUUAUUUGCGUGUCAAUUCGACGGAACCAUUAAGCACUUUUCUGGAUUAUAUACGCUAUGAGCAUAUGAUUGAUAAUGUGGCCUUGCUUGUGUCGGGUCUGAACAACAAAAGACCAAUUAAGAAACUAUUAGAUCUAUGUCAUCCUUUGGGAUAUUUUGAUCAACUGGAGGCCAUUGAAGUGGCCAGCAAUACCACUGAGCUUUUUGAUGCUGUUCUCAUCGACACCCCACUGUCCAAGUUUAUAUCGCAUACUUUCGAGCCAAAGGAUUUCACAAAAAUCGAUGUCGAAAUUGUACGAAGUGUGCUUUUCAAAGCCUAUCUGGAGGACUUUUAUAAUCUUUGCAAGGGUCUAGACGCUACCUCGGCUGAUGUUAUGUGCAAUCUCUUGAGUUUCCAGGCGGAUCGACGCACCCUUACCAUUGCCAUGAACUCAUUAGGCACGAAUUUGGAUUCUCAGGAUCGCAGUAGUUUAUUUCCCACUUGUGGAAAACUCGGUCCCAUUGCAUUGUCAGCAUUGUCGCACAGCAUAGAUUAUGAACAAGUUCGUUCUAUUGGCAGUAAGACGUACGAAUAUGCCGUUGUUUUUGAUUCCAUCGAGAAGGAUACCGACAAUCUAAUUACCUUGGAAGAUCGGUUUCUCAUGCUGGAAGCCAAAAAGCUAGUACAGUCUUAUCUACAACAGUUUCAUUUUGGAAUCUUUUACUCCUACCUUAAAUUGAAAGAGCUGGAGUGCCGCAAUAUUAUCUGGAUAGCCGAGUGCAUAUCACAACGUCAGAUGGACAAGAUCAAUGCCUAUAUACCAAUACCAAUGUAUUGAACUUACAACUUGCGAUAUUCUCAAAUAGAAUUGUACUUAUAAA